UCUCCACACACAAUGAUGUCAUGCUGUUUGGUAUAGUAGAUCGCUGAGGCUGGAGUGGGGGACUGGGACAAGAGAACUAGAGCAGUCACUCCUCACGACCAAGAGAGGGCUGAACCAAAUGCCACCCUCACUUCAUGACUUAGCCAAUGUUCUUGGAAGAAGGAUAUUUUUUCACGUUAAAAUGGAUGAGUAAAGUUUCACUUGCAAAAGUAAUUUGUUUGUUCCUCGCCAUGGAGAGUCAACAUAAAGUGGAGCCUGGUACGUAAAUGAACUGAAACGGUCACUUGUGUGAUGUGGGGCAAGUAAACCAAUGGAUUGGCGAAACUGGGAUUGACUCCUGGGUGCUCGGUUCCUCACAGACAUGCCUCCGCAGGCUGUUGGAGAAUACAAACCCGUAACAGUGUCGGUUGUUCCGCCAGUGCCCCCGCGGAGGUUUCGGGGCAAAGAUACUUCCACGGGGGCAAAGUGUCGGUCCGGCACCGCAGUUGAGCGCAAGGUUAAAUGUGUGCUUGUUGGUGACGGGGCGGUUGGAAAGACCAGCCUUAUUGUCAGCUACACAACAAACGGAUAUCCAACUGAAUAUGUUCCAACUGCCUUUGACAACUUUUCAGCGGUGGUGGCGGUUGAUGGCAGGCCGGUGAAGCUCCAGCUGUGCGACACAGCGGGCCAGGAUGAGUUUGACAAGCUGCGUCCCCUCUGCUACACGAACGCCGACGUCUUCCUGCUCUGCUUCAGCGUGGUCGCGCCCUCCUCCUUCCAGAAUGUCACGGAGAAAUGGGUCCCCGAGAUCCGACGGCACUGCCCGCGCACGCCCGUCAUCCUGGUGGGCACCCAGUCGGACCUACGUGAGGACGUAAAGGUUCUGAUCGAGCUGGCCAAGUACAAGGAGCGGCCGGUGGUGUUAGAGGAGGCCCGGCAAUGUGCCGAGGACAUCCGCGCCAUCUCGUACAUGGAGUGCUCGGCGCUGACCCAGAAGAACCUGAAAGAGGUGUUCGACGCCGCCAUCUUGGCCAGCAUCCAGCACAGUGAUAGCCAACAGCAGCAGCACAAGUUGAAGAAGCGAACGCCAGACAAGAUGAAGAAGCUGUCCAAAUCCUGGUGGAAAAAGUACUGCUGCCUGGCCUAGCGUUAAGGUUUUUCAGGUCAAACUGUGGAGUGGUUUUCCCCCUUGGUUUAUGUAUGGGGUCAAAGAGGGACCUUUCCUCAAUGUGAGGUAUAAAGGGGGGCGUCGAGGUUACGGGAUCUGGGGGGACAGAAGAUCAGAACAAAUGGAAGAAAGAGUGGAAAAACUCUAGCCUAAGUCGUGACACUAACCGAUCAACGGUCAUUUACUGCACGGCUAUCACUUCAAAGGACCAUGAAAAAGCUGACCAUUAUGACGUUCCUGCAGCUCCACAGGUCUCCAUUUAACCCCUUAGAAGAUGCUUCUCAUCCAAGGGCAGUUUUCCCCCCUUACCCUCUUUCCAUUUUUCCAUUCCGUCCUGGACCGUAACGCAAUGGGACCCGGAGGAGAGCUCAGGAGCUGUCUCCAGUAAUAUGUUAAGGCUGCUCACAGACUUGCCCUCUGGUCCUUUGAUCCUCUGUCUUGUCAGACAGCCUGCAAACUGUGAAAAACAAAACCCAAGGGAUGGUCAAAGAACCUAGAUGUCGUCGUCUUUUCCAACUUGUUUUUUUAAAACUGGUUUCCACCCCCCAGAUGUUAGGUCCCACUGUAUACGUGGGGCAAGUGGGGUAACCUCCCCAUACUUUAACAGUGCCUAAGAAUUGUUUUUAAAACAUAGUGCCAUUAUCAGACAAAGCAAGCAGGAGAUUGGUGGUUGUUGUUUGUUUUUUUAGUUACUCUGUCAACUAAUCAGCUUCACUGAUUAUUGUUGCUGUUUCGUCAUACUCUUGAUGUGCACGCCACUUCCACUUUCCUACAGUGUGGGUUCUUCUGCAACACCCUUAUGGCCCGCUCUUGUUUACGUUUGAAGACGCCACAGCUCAGAAAAAGCUCACGAGGGUCAGGGCUGCACCACUGGGGUGGGAAUUUAGCAGAUCGGCUGAACUUUGCUUCUCCGGUCAUUGGACCAGCUGGGAAGUCGUAAACAAAUGUCAGCCGUCACUCCCCCCACCUCCUAACCACCACACACACACACGCACGUGCGCUGUGAUCACCAUGCAUAGAUAGCAGGGUUUCGCACGUCCAGCUAGCGCCAUAGUGGGAAACGCAGGUUUUGAUUUAUGAGUGGUGAGAUAUGUGGUGUGUAUCUGAGAUGAGACAAGGGACAGGGAAAAAAAGGGUUUUCUUGCCCAAUGGAAAGUAGUUCAGAUGUAGAAGGCCUCCUUUUUUCCCCUUGAAAAUAUUUUUAUAGUUGAGCACUUUUCAAAAGCAUGUGGUGUCUUUGCCUCCAGUGUUUAUGAACUCUUAUCCCUUGUUUUUCCAACUCAGAGCAACAGGAGUCAAAAAGAGAUCAGACCAAAUGCAAUUUAGCGCUUUUAGUGAGAAACAUCUAGGUCAUCACAGUCAUGAUUUCUUUCUUUCCUUUUUGAAGUUCAUUGCAGUUUUAUCAUCGUUAUGAUGAUCAUUUCCUCCUUAUGGAUUUGUCAUUGGUUUAAUACAUGAAUGAACACUUUGGCUUACCUUAUCAAGACAUAUAUCAUGUCAUUCACACUAUAAUUUGGGGGUCAUUGAUACAGUUGAGGCCUGUAUAUAUGUUCAGCUUCCUCUCCUUCCAUCCAGUUCACUCCAGUAGUCAACAGAGGUGUGAAUAAUGUUAUCAGUUUAAAAUGAUUGUCACCUUCAUUGUCGAAUGAGUAGUCCGUAAGACUGUACUGUAGCUAUCGACUCCAUUUUGCUCUCAUGUCAGGGUCUCUUUUUUGUACUUAAAUGUUUGAUCAGCCUUCUGGUGAACUGAAAAUGUGUCGUAAAGAAUGGAAGUGUAGACAGUGAAAGUUCACAGUUUAAUUGUAUGCAGGACAUUAUGAUUACUGACCUUGAACUACGUGAAUACUGGAUCCAAUGCAAGGACUGCUCAAUAUAUAUAAACUAUGGACAUACACAUGUAUGUACCUCCUACAGUUAACAAACUGGUAUCUACCUUUACUUUGUUCAAACCCAUCUGUACCCUGACCCCAGUCAGUCUAUCCCAGAAGUGCCAUUGCUGUGAUUCAACUCUUGCACUUUGCUAUCUCAUCAGGGUGUCAAAGCGGCAGCCCUUUCCUAAUCGAAACAGUAACCCAGAAGGAAUUCAGUCAACAUUGACCUCAUCUGUUAUCAUAUUCAGUCAGCCUUUCCUCUUGUGAAUUUCUGUGGUGAUUUUGUCUGAAGCUGGGGAGCGAUAUCAUGGUAUGUUUGGAUGGAAUGAUGUUUUUUUCAGGAAUUAGGUGUAAUCAGCGAAUCUGUGUGUUGAGCUUUAAGGUUUUCAAGGGAGAGGGCAGAAUGUAGGCUGAAUGUAGGCUUUAUACUACAUGUAUGAGAGAUGGGGGUUCUGUGUACGUGAUAUAAAGUCUGAACUCUGUAAGUGCAAAGAUUAUCAGUGUGUAGCUGGAGGGGAUUUAUAAGAGACAGGUUCUUUGAACCCGAUGGAUUGUUAUUACUGCCACCAGUAUCAGGGGCCUCAGCGACAAAUGGUGUUUGUUAUCCAUGUGUCCUCCAGAUUUCCAUAGACUUUCCUGUGUAAUACUUGGUAAUAUGUGCAUAAAUAAAAUUAAAGGACCUUUGUAAAUGUCCAUCUGGGGAAAGUUUGUGGAUUGGAAAUAACAACUUGUACACAGUGUCAUAUAUCAGAACAGAGAACUGCCUGUAGUGUAUUAACUAUCUUCAAAUAAAGAAAUCUGUUGUA